UCAUAAAAGAAAAAAAGUUAUUCAGGAGGUGGGUGUUGUGACCUGUCCAUACAGAGGGUCCAUCCCCCACACAGCUACCCUCUCUCUAGAAAAUCCCCUGUGUCUGCUGUAUAUGAGGGGCUCCUAGCUCAGCUCUAUCCUUGAGUUUCCUCCUCUGUCAAACAGGGAUUCAGCUCAGGUAGCUUCCAUGGACUGUAGCAGGCCUCAUCUAGACCAUGUCAAUAUGCCCCCUGCAUGUGCACAUGAAUGAGAAUAAAAGUGUGUGCUUUGGGUGUCUGUGUGCAUUUGUACCUGUGUGUUUGUGUAUUUAUAACAUCUGUGGAGGAAUGUCCACCUGUGUGGAAUGAAGAGGAGAGGACUCCAGUUAGACACCUAUCCUGGGCAAAGGAGCCCUCAAGGCAGCUGCUUGGUCUGAAAAAUGCUGGAGGCUGGGUGUGGCCCCAGGCCCAGGAACCUGUUCUUCCUGUUUCCUGCCUCAGUCCCAGCAGCUGGUCCAGGCCUGAGCAUUUAUGAGUGAAGAACUGGAGCAGGCGUUGAGCAUCCUCACCGCACCAAGAGCAGGAGCUGAUCGGGUCCAGGGCAAUGGCAGCAGACCUGGACCCCUGGAAUAGCACCAUUAAUGGUACCUGGGAGGGGGAUGAACUGGGCUACAAGUGCCGCUUCAACGAGGACUUCAAGUACGUGUUGCUGCCCGUGUCAUAUGGCGUGGUGUGUGUGCUCGGGUUGUGCCUGAACGUCGUGGCUCUCUACAUCUUCCUGUGCCGCCUCAAGACCUGGAAUGCCUCCACCACGUACAUGUUUCACCUGGCGGUUUCUGACUCUCUCUACGCAGCCUCCCUGCCACUGCUGGUUUAUUACUAUGCCCGGGGUGACCACUGGCCAUUCAGCACCGUGCUCUGCAAACUGGUGCGAUUCCUUUUCUACACCAACCUCUACUGCAGCAUCCUCUUCCUCACCUGCAUCAGCGUGCACCGGUGCCUGGGAGUCUUGCGUCCUCUGCACUCCCUGCGCUGGGGCCGGGCCCGCUAUGCGCGCUGAGUGGCUGCCGUGGUGUGGGUCCUGGUGCUGGCCUGCCAGGCACCUGUGCUCUACUUCGUCACCACCAGUGUGCGGGGGACCCGCAUCACCUGUCACGACACCUCGGCCCGAGAGCUCUUCAGUCAUUUUGUGGCCUACAGCUCCGUCAUGUUGAGUCUGCUCUUUGCUGUGCCCUUUUCAGUCAUCCUGGUCUGUUACGUGCUCAUGGCUCGGCGGCUGCUCAAACCUGCUUAUGGGACCACAGGAGGCCUGCCUCGGGCCAAGCGCAAGUCUGUGCGAACCAUUGCCCUGGUGCUGGCCGUUUUUACCCUCUGCUUCCUGCCUUUCCAUGUCACCCGCACCCUCUACUACUCCUUUCGAUCACUUGACCUCAGUUGCCACACCCUCAAUGCCAUCAACAUGGCAUACAAGAUCACCCGGCCACUGGCCAGCGCCAACAGUUGUCUUUACCCAGUGCUCUACUUCCUGGCGGGGCAGAGACUGGUCCGUUUUGCCCGAGAUGCCAAGCCACCCACAGAGCCCAGCCCCAGCCCCCAGGCUCGUCGCAGGCUGGGCCUGCACAGGUCUCACAGAACUGACACAGUGAGGAAAGACGUGUCGAUCAGCAGUGAUGACUCAAAACGGACAGAGUCCACACCAGCUGGGAGCGAGACUAAGGACAUUCGACUAUAGGUCAGAGCCCCUCAGGCAUGUGCUAGUUCAUGUGGGGGAAGCUGUAGGGGACCAAGGCCUGUUCAAAUGGGCCAAUGUCCUCUGAUACGGAUCAUCAGCAAUUCUCUCCCCGAGAUCCCAAAGUCCCCAGUCAUUUGUAAGUGAGCUGGAAAAUCCUAUUUUAGGAAAGGCAGUAACACCUGACCCCCAUGCAGACAGCUGCUGUUUCUGCCAAGGUUGGGGUUCAGGCAGGCUGAGGUUCAGCCUCCUAAGUCCAAGGGAGAAGCAAGUCCAGAGAAGAGCAGCAGAGUCUGGACCAGGAGUGGGAUCACAAGGUGACUGAUUAGAGGACUAAGUCCUGUGGGUAAGCAGGGCUGAGUUCCCAUGGUGGCCUGGGAUGGAACUGGGCACUACAGUGGACUGGGCUCAGAGGAAGACCCUCAGGCCAAAAGACAAACAUCUGAGAACUGAUGUUGGAUCCAUCUGGCUGGCUCAGGCUCCCCUGGGCUGGAAGCCAGGUGGAAACCAUAAUUUAUAUCAAAGGCUGUGCUGCUGCAUGGUCAGAGGACAGGGCCUGAUCUACACAAAGGCCUGUUAUCUCUGCCACUUGCCUUCUGACCACUGCCUCCCGGGAGUCUCGUAUCAGGGACCCCUCUUCAGACCCCCAGGUCAACCCCGCUUUUAAGCCACUUGUCUUCUAUAGUAUACUAUGCCAAGCAUGGAGAAGAGUCAAGUAGGGUUCUAGUUCUUGGGGUUCACACAACUUCACAUGUGUUGGUAAAUGUCAACCCUUUUAACUGACUGGGAGGGGGGCCCUUUAUAACACUGCCACUUGUUGUGGGACAAGUAACCCCACCACCGAACAAAUUUCAGUUUCAAAUUACCAACACAAUGACGGCCUCUUUACAAAAUUCCUGAAAAUUAACUACUGUUUCUUUUUUUGUGGGGAGUGGGGAGGCGGCGUUGCUGGUCAGACAGGGUCUCAGGUAAUAAAAUGUGGCCAUGUAGUUGAACCUCAA